AUGACAGUACCGGCGGACGGAAAGAUGUCGUACGCCGGAGCAAUGACCAUGGCCAGGUCGAAGAUCAACCUGGCCGAUAUUGGCAUCGCCACGGUGCGACCAAGGUGGGGCGUCACCGGGGCUCUAGUACUGGAAGUACCGGGCGAAGGUGGAGCGGCGAAGGCGGAUGCCCUCGCCGCAAAGAUGACGGAGGCUCUGGCUGAGACUAGGGCUCUGGCGGGUAAAGUACCCUUCGACCUGCAGGCUACUUGCCUCAUUCGGAGGACUCCGCCGGAGCCAGAGACGAAGACGGUCGAUGCAUUCGAACGCCAGGCCUGGCGACUGGCACUCGCGAAUUGGCGUCUCACCUACCGGGCGACGCAGGUAUUCAUCGAGUAUGACUGCAUCGGUGUCUACCUGUGUCGCAUAGGGAAGGAAGCGGCGGCAGCCUGCCACAAAUGUGGCGAGGAGGAGGACUCGGUGCAGCACACGCUGGAGGAAUGUGCCGACUUUUCAGCGCAGCGUCGAGUCCUAAGGUCCGUUACUGGACAUGACCUCUCGCUCCCAGCAGUAGUUAGGGCUAUGCUGGAGAGCGACGGGAACUGGAGGACGGUGGUAUUCUUCUGCGAAGAGGUUAUCUCACAGAUGGAGUAG